GGGCAAUCCAGAUUAAAGUCCCCAAUCCACUCCUUUUGUGCUGCAGAAGUUAACGAUGGCGGUUCUCGAAGCUGCUCUCUCCAUCCUCUCCUUCUCUUCUUCUUCAUCCUCAAAACCUCAUCUCUUCUCUAGGCAAACUAAACCCACCUCCUUAAGUAUUCAAAUUUGCAGUAACCUCACUUUCUUCUUCCCUCUCACUCUCAGUACUCCUCUUCGCGCCGGCGGUGAUAACUCUCGGCGAUUCGUCUCCGUAUUCUCUUCCGUCACGGAGGAAGAAGCAUCUCCUCCGACCGAGGAAACCCAGAAGGAGAAUCUCAAAAGGAAGCUCUUUGUAUUCAAUCUCCCUUGGUCCAUGAGUGUCAACGACAUUUCCCAGCUCUUCGGACAAUGCGGGACUGUCUUCAGCGUCGAGAUCAUAAAGCAAAAAGAUGGGAAGAACAGAGGUUUCGCUUUCGUGACAAUGUCUUCUGGAGAAGAAGCUCAAUCCGCUGUUGACAAGUUCGAUUCUUUCCAAGUCUCAGGGAGGAUCAUACGAGUAAACUUUGCAAAAAGGUUCAAGAAGCCUACCGUGAAACCUCCUAACGCUCUUCCUCCUUCUACUCAAGAAACUCGUCACAAACUCUACGUGUCUAACCUCGCUUGGAAAGCGAGAUCAACCCAUCUCCGUGAGUUCUUCACUGCUGCAGACUUCAACCUUGUUUCAGCUCGUGUUGUUUUCGCAGACCCUGGAGGAAGAGCUUCUGGCUAUGGCUUUGUCUCGUUCCCUACUAGAGAAGAAGCUGAGGAUGCAAUCUCUAAAUUGGACGGGAAGGAGCUAAUGGGCAGACCCAUCAGUCUAAAGUUUAGCUUGAGAAGCGCUGGUGAAUCUGAAGAUAGUAACACAAUAGAAGACAACAAUACUUCUGAAGAAGAACCUGAAGAUGGUGAUGACACAAUAGAAGCCUCUGAAGAAAAACCUGUGGAGUGAUGACUCUUAUUCUUUCUCAGUUUAUUCUUCACUACACAUCUUUAUUACAAGUUUUUGAAUAUCUACUGCUAUCAAGAACACACAAAAAAUAGAAAUUUAUUCGCAAACUAGACUUCAAAUAAUGCUAAUUGUAAUGA